AUGGAGACUGCAGCGCAGCCACCGAGUGGCAACACAGAAGCUGAGUGGGAGGAGGACUCCUCACCAUACUCAUCAUCAUCAGAUGAUGACGAGACAAAGGAUGAUGACGAGACAAAAACCGCCUCGGAUGCUGACAGCGACAUCGUCUUCAUGGACACGGAAGCUUUGACGAAAUUUCUCAUGAAUAAGGACGAGGAGGGGGGUGAUGAUGGUGACAAAGCAAAGAAGACCGGAGACGGUCAGCCACGCACGAUCAACGAGAAGAAAGAGCAAUACCCACCCAGGCCAGUUAUGAAUAUCACGCCGGAGAUGAAAAUCACAAAUCUUGGGCACGUAGAGAGCAUCGUCGGGAAUGUGGUCCUGGUCAAGGGAUUCAGAUCGGAUGGCACACACUUCGUUGUGGACCAGGGCUCUGUGCUCUGCCACGAAACUCGCGAAGUCAUCGGUGUGGUUAGCGAUCUACUCGGUCCGACACAGGAGCCCAUCUAUCUCGUGGGCUUCGCCAACAGCAAAGAGCUCGAAGAGGCUCGCAUCCAACAGGGCAGCAAAGUCUACUACGUCGAUGAACACAGCAUCAAGGUCUUCACAGCACCACUUCAAGCGAUGAAGGGGACAGACGCAUCGAACAUAUACGACGAAGAAGUUGGUGAGGAUGAGCAGGAGUUUUCCGACGAUGAGGCAGAGAUCAUCAGCAAGAGGAAAAAGAAGGAGUUGAAUUUGUUGAAGAAGGCUGGCAAGGGUCAACUUUCGCGACCUGCUACCAGAGGUGGCAGGGGUGGCAAGGUGGGACGCCCUGAUGGAAGUGGCUGCGGCGGUAACAUCGACGCGCCUAUGUCCACAGGCUCCUACGGACCCUUAGACUAUGAUGACGAAGGACCAUCACAGCAGCCAGCACAGGAUUCGGCCACGGUUGCCCACCCUGGCUCCAGUCAGGAUGAUCUGGACGAUGGCGGGUACAACCCCCUUCGGCGGCCUGACAACCUGUAUGGACCGCCACCUCCAAGACCAGCAACGCGUAGUUUUGAGCGCGGCCGAGGUCGAGGUGCUCGUGGAGGCCGAGGUGGCGACAGAGGUCGAGGUGGUGGUAAUAGAGGCAGAGGUACGGGUCCCUAUAGUGGUUACGGAGGAGGCUCGAGGGACAACAGCGGACCUAGUUCGGGAGGCUUUACCCAAACUGGGUACUCGAACCCGUACCAAAGCGGCAACUCUCCGUGGAUGCAGUCGCAGGCUCAGCCGCCGGGCUAUUAUCCGGCCAACACUGGAUCGUACGCGCCGCAUGCACAGCAGCAUUACCAGGCUCCGACGUUCAACGGCCACCCCUUGCAGGCCCCGACCGCUCCACCACCGCAGCAAUGGCCACCAUAUCAGAAUAACUAUGGUGCUCCUCAAGGCUGGGCCCCACCGCCGCCAGCACCACCAGUGCCAGGUUCGUAUCACUUCCCGCCACAGUUUCCCACCAUGCCGCAGCAGCAGGGCCAGGCAUAUCCUCCACAUGGUCAGCAGCAAGCUCACCCAGCAGGAUAUGCUGCAUAUCCGUACGCUCCACCACAGCAGCAGCAUGCCACAGGAUACCCACCACCCGCUCCCUCCACGCCCGCUCAGGCGAGCUCAGCCCCGCAGGGUGUUGACUUUGGCGCCAUCCUGCGCAACAUCGAAGGCCAGCCAAAACCGCAGUAA